AACCGCGUUUCCCCCUCGCUCAUCCCUCUCCAAAAAGACCUUUAUUCCUUUUCUAAACAGCUGUGGUGUUGGGAUCUCUGGGAUAUUGCUGUGCUGCCGUAGCUGUUUCUGCCUCUGGAAGGGUGUUCCCUUCCAAAGUCCUCUGCGGGCUGAAAACCAGCACCUUAAUGCCAUCAUUUAACCCACAGUAAUUCACAUUACCCAGUGUUUUGAAUUCAAAAAAGGAACAAAAUGAUGUCGAGACAAGCCUUCCUGUGCAGUUUGGGAUCUCUGUAUUUAUCCCUCCUGUUCAUCUUCCUCCUCAUGGAUGUUUAUGCCAGGCCUGCAAAUAACUCCGUGCUCAGGGAGAAGGCAGCGGAUGGGAAGGAUGAGAAUGAGAUCCUGCCCCCAGACCACCUGAACGGGGUCAAGAUGGAGAUGGAUGGGCACCUGAACAAAGAAUUCCACCAGGAGGUUUUCCUUGGAAAGGAGAUGGAAGAAUUUGAGGAAGAUUCAGAGCCCAGAAAAAACAGGAAGAAGCUGAUGGUCAUUUUUUCCAAGGUGGAUAUAAAUAAUGAUAAAAAGAUUGGAGCCAAGGAGAUGCAGCGCUGGAUCAUGGAGAAGACGGAUGAGCAUUUCCAGGAGGCUGUGGAGGAGAACAAAAUGCACUUCAGAGCUGUGGACCCCGAUGGGGAUGGCCACGUGUCCUGGGAUGAAUAUAAAAUCAAAUUCCUGGCAAGUAAAGGCUUUAAUGAAAAAGAAAUUGCUGAAAAGAUCAAGAACAACGAAGAGCUGAAAAUAGAUGAAGAAACCCAGGAAGUUUUAGACAACCUGAAGGAUCGGUGGUACCAGGCUGACAACCCCCCUCCUGACCUGCUGUUGAAUGAGGAAGAAUUCCUGUCCUUCCUGCAUCCAGAGCACAGCAGGGGGAUGCUGAAGUUCAUGGUGAAGGAAAUCAUCCGGGAUCUGGAUCAGGAUGGAGAUAAGAAACUCACCCUGUCAGAGUUCAUUUCCUUACCUGUUGGCACCGUGGAGAACCAGCAGGCUCAGGACAUUGAUGACGACUGGGUGAAGGACAGGAGGAAGGAGUUUGAGGAGGUGAUCGAUGCCAAUCAUGAUGGGAUUGUCACCAUGGAAGAGCUGGAGGAGUACAUGGAUCCCAUGAACGAGUACAACGCCCUCAACGAGGCCAAGCAGAUGAUUGCAGUGGCAGAUGAGAAUCAAAACCACCACCUGGAGCUGGAGGAGAUCCUGAAAUACAGCGAGUACUUCACGGGCAGCAAACUCAUGGACUAUGCACGGAAUGUCCACGAGGAAUUCUGACCCUGCUCGCUGGCCCAGAGCUCUGAAGCACUUUCUGGCUUUCAAAAAAGAGAGGGAGAAAGGAAGAAAUCCGAGCCCCAAACAGACAGAAAGUUCCUUUGCUGCUAAUCUGUGUUCUUUGCCUCCAGUUUGUUGCCCCAGACUUCCAACUUUCCGUCCAUCCACGGGAUCUGCUGCCUUUUGGGGUGAGGGGAAACCAGGCCAGGAAGAGUGGGAAAGGCCCUGGAAUCCCUCAGUUCACCCUGGAUUGGGCAGUGAUUCCAGCUGAAGUUCAACAGAUCAUUCCUGGGGGAGGCUUCUGAAAUACUUCACUUAUUGCCCUCGUAGCUGCUGAUCCCUGGGAAUCACAGAUUACAGGGAGAUGUUGGGUUUUGGAAGGGAUGCUGAUCCUGGGGAAUCAUAGAGAACAGGGAGAUGUUGGGUUUUGGAAGGGAUGCUGAUCCCGGGGAAUCAGGGAUUACAGGGAGAUGUUGGGUUUUGGAAGGGAUGCUGAUCCCUGGGAAUCAUAGAGAACAGGGAGAUGUUGGGAUUUGGGAAGGGAUGCUGAUCUCUGGGAAUCAUAGAGAAUAGGGAGAUGUUGGGUUUUGGAAGGGAUGCUGAUCUCUGGGAAUCAUAGAGAACAGGGAGAUGUUGGGUUUUGGAAGGGAUGCUGAUCUCUGGGAAUCAUAGAGAACAGGGAGAUGUUGGGAUUUGGGAAGGCAGUGGUGGUUCCAAGGCAUGUUCUGACCUCCUGGGAAUACCCACGUGACACUCCACCCAUCUCCCAGUGGUUUUCUCAGCCUAGUUGGGAAUUUAAUCCAAGUUUUCCCUCCAUCACUCAAUUAUCCUUCGGGACUGUGGGGAGGAAUUUGUUUUAAACUUUAGAGAGAAGCUCUUUGGCAUCUACUUCAAAAUAAACCUGGUUGUAGCAUGACAGGCUUUGUGUUGGCACCUGCCCCGGGGGGAGAUGGGGGAGGGCUCAGAUUAUGGCUUCAAAAAAAACCCCAGAUUUGGCUCUGAAACGAAAUGCAAGGGGAAAGUUUCUUCAUGGACUCAAACUCGCUGUUCAGACUGGUAAAAUCAGUUGUCUCUCUGUAAAUUGGAGCUGAAUUUGAGGUGCUGAAGGGGGGGAAUUCCAGGCUUUGCUUCUGAGCUGUGAACACCCGGCACUCGGGAAGCCCUUUGAUCAGCCUGGCUCUGGGUAAUCUCUCCGAGCAUCUUGGCUCCCAUCCACUACUGCAAAAAUAGAACGUUUAUUUUUACUCUGGUUCCAUCUUUACUGUAAAAAAAAAAAAAACAA